CACAAAUAAGGCAGCAACACCUUUUUGGUCUGUGUCACGACCUUGCACGGCUGCUGCCGCUGUUGAUUCUUCACAGUUGAUCAUGAGGCGGAGUGCUGCUUACCACGGUCUCUGGCUGACCUUCCUGUGUGUGGUGGUCUGGGGUGGCGCUGCGUCAGCUUUCAGGAUCUGUGCCUGCAAUGUGCACAAGCUCGACUCUCAGAAGGCGCCACAUAAGAGACUGCUGCACACGCUUACACGGAUCACUUCUCGCUGUGACGUCACAUUCCUCCAGGGAGUGAUGGCUUCUGAUGGCUUCUUUGUCAAAACACUGCUGGCAUCACUCAACAGGGAAGCUCAAAGGUAUGACGAUUACCACUACGGCUCAGUGUCCAGCCCCAGUCUGGGAAAGUCUGCUGAUGACCUGCAGAAGUACGUCUUCAUCUACAGGACAGAGACAGCGCAUGUAAUGGGUCAAUAUCAGUACCAAGGCCAGAAUCAGUUUGCCAGAGCGCCGUUUGCUGUUAACUUCCACAGCAACGCCACCGCAAUCAAGGAUUUUGUUCUGGUCGGGCUAAAUGCCGACCCAAGCAGAGCUGUCCAGGAGAUCGACCGCCUGCACGAUGUCCUCACGCAAGUGCUGAACAAAUGGAACAACAAGAAUGUGAUGUUCUUGGGAAAUUUUCAUGCUGGCUGCGCCUACAUGACACGCCGUGACAAGAAGAACAUCCGACUGUUCACCAACAAUAGCUUCUACUGGCUCAUCGGAGACAAAAGUGACACUACCAUCACGGACGAGACAAGCUGCGCAUAUGAUCGGAUCGUCGUGUACGGGAAGUCCUUCCUGAAAGGAAUAAUGCCGUUCUCCGCCAAUGUCUUCAACUUUGCUCAAGAGUUCAAACUGACCAGGACGACAGCUCUGCAGCUAAGCGACAACUUUCCUGUGGAGGUGCGGCUCAAGAGCUCCGCCCUGCUACUUCAGGCCAUACCGCUCCUACUUCUGCUUACCGUUGCUCUCCACUGCUUCCUGCCUUCUCUGUGAAUUCCAUUUCCUUUUAUCAUAUUGGCAUCCUCAGGGGAGAUCUUGUACCAUGUGACCACAAGCGCUAAACAUGCGCUGUCAUCGCACCUUCCUCUUGUCAGAAUUGUCCUGGGCCAAAUAACUUCCUGAUCGUAUGUGACAAACACAUCAAUGUUUUUGACUAGUGUGUUCUUUUGUCUCGAUGUGGG